AGGUUCUGGCUUGCGUUUGCUUUUCAAAUGACGUCACGGAAAGGCGGAGUAAGCCAGUGCGCAUGCACGUCAGGCUGUCUUUCCCUGGGCUUCUGCACACACUGUCGGGUUUUCACAGUACCGAGUGUGGGGCGUGGGAGGGCACUACGCCGCUGGCGGGCAGGCGGAAGGGCUUCCUGCGCCCCCGAACCUGCGGCGGAAAUGCUAGCCGAGUGUCUUGAGGCAGAGCGCUUCCUUUUGUAACUAGUCUACCACCGCGUAGGCACGUGUGGGUAGGUGUGGCGGUGGGAGCGUGCCUUCCUAGAAGGGAAGAGGGUCCAGCAAGUGUUAAACUGGCUCGUGCCCCAGUUCUAGCGGCUUCUCUUACCUGAGUGUCGCAGGGUGAGGCGGUGAUUACUCCGCGUUGUAGCUUAUGCUGGUUUGAUCAGGCUGCUGUGAGCGCUCUGUGGAGAUCUGUCUGAGGAGCUGGCAAUGGAGAGCUUACAGGCGCUGAAGUUUAGAGCCCAGAGUUCUGUCCCAGUUGGACAGUUUUGGGAGAAGUGGUAACUUUUGCUGUAAGGUUUGAAUCCCAGAGCAUAAAUUGCACCAGGAUCUUUCUCAAGUGCUGGGAGCUGAACUGUGUGUGGCCCAGGGAAAGGAACUGUGGCUAGCUAAGGAGGCCAUAUGUCAUGUAACUUCCAGAUCUUAUGUCAACACCAAGCCCUCAGCUGCUGGUGGCAGCUGCUCAGCAGACUCUGGGCAUGGGCAAGAGAAAAUGCCCACCUCGAGCUACCUGCCUUCACCUGGCAGGAGAGGUGCUGGCUGUGGCCCGCGGGCUGAAGCCAGCUGUACUCUAUGAUUGCAACUCUGCAGGAGUAUUGGCGCUCCAAAGUUAUCUGGAGGAACUACAGGGGCUGGGCUUCCUGGAGCCAGGACUUCACAUUCUUGAGAUUGGAGAGAAUAACUUUAUUGUCAGUCCUGAGUAUGCCUGUCAGCAUUUGGAACAGACACUGCUUGGUACUGUAGCUUUCGUGGACGUUUCCCGCUCCCAACCUCAUCCUUCUGUCCGGUCGGUGGACCAGCUCCCGGACUUGAAAUCUCUCAUAGCUGACGUCAUCACACGUUUUCGAGGACUUAAGAAAGAUGUGUCUCAGGGAGUCUCCUACACCAGGCUACAUUCCUCAGACUGGAAUCUCUGCACUGUAUUUGGGAUACUCCUGGGAUAUCCAGUCUCUUACACAUUUGACCUGAACCGUGAAGAUGACAACUGCUUAACCAUGACUCCCCUGCGGGUGUUUACUGCCCGGAUUUCGUGGCUGCCUGGUCAACCAUCAAUUCUGCUGUACUCCUUUAGUGUUCCAGAGAGUUUGUUCCCAGCCCUGAAAAACUUUCUAAGUGCCUGGGAGAAGGAACUCAGAACCCGAUUUAGGGCUCAGAAUGCCUUUGCUGACCUCAGCAUCUCCUCUGAGGUGGUCACACUUCCUGCUGUGGCCCUCUGAGUUAACUCUGUCCGUUGAGAAGGUAUCAAUGAAUGUCAAUUACGAUGAAUGUUGUGCAGUCAAUUGAACACGUGUGAAUGGGGAGAGUCGUUGGCAGCAGUAGUAUGAUUUCAGUCUUUAUAUUAGGAGUUCCUAGGUCCUUAGCCGAGGUGUCUGUUUAUUUUUCAUUGAAUGAGAGAUGGAAAAGGAGCAUUGUGGAGACAUGAGUGUACCCUGGGAUGGUGGCCUUCCCUGGUGGAUAGUGCCUUAGAGGGAAGGAGAAUGACUAGGUAAUCUAUGUAUGGAACUCUAACUGAAGUAGGGUGCGAGACAAUGAUGCUUAAGGGUUACACUUGUGGCUUAUUUCUCAGGAAUACACAGUUCUAAAGAGUAGUCUUGUGAGAUAAAGUUUAUUUACAACCUGGUGAAAAAAAAAUAAAACUAAGAGUCCGGAUUCAUUUGGAGGGAAACCCAAGUUAUAAAGUACCAGAACUCAAGGUUUUCAUGGAGUUGUUUGCAUCUGAGUUUUACUUCAGAUAGAUGCCAGAAGUUCUUCAGAUGACCAGGUUGCCUUUGUUUGCCAGGAACACUGCCAGUGCUGUAGCAAUCACCACCAUCAGCACUGGGAGCCAUUGACCACACUGCAGCUGUAUGGAAGGAGGUGGAGACAGGAGAGAGCAGCUAUGAAUUAGCUGGAGAAAGUAUGGGCAAGAAUAGUCCUUUGGCAUUUUAACCCAGUAGAAGACCUCACACUGGUGGCAGAAGGGGCUUUUUUUUUUUUUUUCUCUUCAGUGUCUCCCUCACUUUUUGUCAUUUCCACUAGAUAAAACCAGUUUACUAGUGGCCUAGAGACUCAUAUCUGACAGGGGACAGAUAUUUAAAUGCUGAUCUGAAUGAGGUGGAAAUUAACUCAGCAGAAUAACACUCUUUGUACACGCCUCAAUACUUUUGCAGUCCUCCUCUGCCCUUGUCAUUAUGUUUACAAUAAAUCAAAAAAGUACUCUUUCAUGCUUGAACCAAUACAGGCUGAAUAUCCUUUUUCUGAAAUGCUUGGGAUUAGGACUCAUUCAAAUUUUGUCUUUUUUUUUCCCAUUAGUAUUUGUUUAGUAUUUGUAUUAGUAUUUGUAGUAGUAGUAUUAGUAUUUGUUUACCAGUUGAGCAGACGUAAUAAAAAGACAUCUGAAUACCAAAUGUCCUGAAAUCAUUUGAUUCUUUUGAGCAUUGUGCUUCUUUGUGCAUGGUGUGCUCUGGAUCUAGAACAUGUCAGGUUUCCAUAGCAGGAGUGCUCAAUCUAGUGUCUUCCAGACUCGAGAGGUGCAUAGAAAUGGGGUGAAUAGUGGACAGUGUUUCUUCCAUGUUUGCUGUAUUGUUGGCAUAGUGUAAAUCAAGUGGAAUGGGACAGGAUGACCAGAUGUUGGUGUGGACUGAUAUAUUUUAUCUGUAACACUAGGCUUAAAAAAGAACUAUUCAGCUGGGCAGUGGUGGCACACACCUUUAAUCACAGCACUUGGGAGGCAGAUGCAGGUGGAUUUCUGAGUUCGAGGUCAGCUUGGUCUACAGAGUGAGUUCCAGGACAGCCAAGGCUACACAGAGAAACCCUGUCUCAAAGAAAAAAAAAAAAGAAAGAAAAAAAUCCACCACCACCACCACCACCAAAAGGAACUACCCCACUGUGAUGUAGGGCUGUAGAGGGGGAUGGCCCUUCUUACUCUGGGAAAUGGCUCCUGGCUGUGCCUCAGUGCUUCUUGACUGUGAUGUAGCUUUUGCAAAAAAGAAAGGUACUUCUCAUUGAGGAUGUCUAUUCUGAAUGCAGUUCUCUGCACUGGGGAGAGCAUAGCAAGGUGUCAUCAGCUCAUUCUCUCUCUCUCUCUCUCUCUCUCUCUCUCUCUCUCUUUCUCUCUUUCCUUCUUUUCUUUCUUUUUUAAAGAUUUAUUUAUUAUAUGUAUAUAAGUUACACCAGAAGAGUGCAUCAGAUCCCAUUACAGAUGGUUGUGAGCCCUCAUGUGGUUGCUGGGAAUUGAACUCAGGACCUCUGGAAGAACAGCCAAUGCUCUUCACCAGUGAGCCAUCUCUCCAGCCCCCAGUUCUCUUUCCAACAGAAUUCUGGAAGAGGACUGCCCUGAGUACUAUACUCCUUCACUUGUUUUAAGUGAACUAUUUUCUAACCCAAAUUUCUCAGAGAUUUUAGUCUUCUUCCUAUCAUAUAGUUUAUUGUGAGUAUGUUGAGUUAUAAGAUUGGUUAUGAUGCAUCUGUUACAUUUUACACAUAGAAACACUUUCAAUUAUUCUGCAUUAUUUAUUCAUUGUUAGGGUUGUGAGUGUGUGUGUAUGUAUGCUAAUAUCUUGUACAUGUGUGUGUAAGUCAGAAGACAACUCUUCGAGUCACUUCUUUCCUGCCAUCUCUAUGGUAGGUCCCAGGGAUUGAACUCAGGGCAUCAGGCUUGGCAGCAGGUACCUUUACCUACUAAGCCAGCUUAUUGGCCCCAGGACUUGUAAAUGCUUUCAUGUGACUUUGUGAAAAUGCUCUGUAUGUGGGCAAACUAAUAAAUAAACAAAUAAAGAAAGAAAUAAGUUCUUCAGCACUGGAGGACAUGCCUCUCUUCCUUGGUGUCUAGUUGCUUCUGCACACUUCCAAGAGUGUGAGUUUGAAAGAAUGUUCCUAGGAAAGUGUUUGUUAUUUAAAAGAUACAACAUAAAAUAAAGCAUUCUGAUACUUAGUAUAUGA